AUGGUUCACGAUGAAGAGCAGCCGACCGCCGGCAUGCUAACAACAUUCUCCAAACCUGCCAACGAAGGCGUUGGCAUGAAGGCCCGUCGGCUUAGCCUGAACUUGCCGGACGAGUUUAUUAUCGACUGGUGCGACCUCGACCAGGAAUUCAGGAGCUCAAGCUUGAUGCCUGGAAAGCGAGGGAAGCUGCUAGGCAAGGGUGCGACGUCUGAAGUGCGCAUCAUGGCCCGCAGGAGUGCUGCUUCCAAAGAGGAAGAGCUGGUCGCUGUGAAAGAGUACAGGGUUCGCGACGAGGACGAGACAGAGGAAGACUAUGUUAUGAAGAUCAAAUCUGAAUACAGCAUUGCGAAAAGCCUUCACCAUCCUAACAUUGUCGAGACCGUACGACUCUGCACGAACCGUGGCCGCUGGGAUCAUGUCAUGGAGUUCUGUUCCUAUGGAGAGAUCUAUUCGUUGGUCGAGCGCAAGCUGUUUGCAGGCGGUGUUGAGGGAUUUUACAGCCGUGACGAUCGACUGUGCUUUUUUAAACAGCUACUCCGUGGCGUCGACUAUCUACAUUGCCACGGCAUCGCCCACCGCGAUAUCAAGCUUGAGAAUCUUCUUCUCAGCAAGGAAGGCCACCUCAAAAUAUCCGACUUUGGUGUCGCUGAAGUCUUCAGUGGUGAGCACCCCGGGUUACGCGCUUCGGGAGGUGAAUGUGGCAAAAAUAUGGGCAAGGUGCGCCUGUCAGCCCCCGGCAUCUGUGGCAGUCUUCCGUACAUCGCGCCUGAAGUUUUGGAGAAGAACCACGCCUACGAUCCUCGUCCCCUUGACAUCUGGUCCUGCGCAGUCGUGUACUUGACUAUGACGUUCGGUGGUUGUCCAUGGCAGGCUGCCAAACCCGAAUUCGAAUACUACGCUAGAUUCAAGAAAGGCUGGGACCAAUGGCUGGUGGAGCAUCCGGACGGCGAGAUUGUUGAUGGGCCAGACGGCCAUCCCAAGUGUGGCAAGCUGUUCAGCUUAAUUGAGCCACCUUCGAUCAAGCGACUCGUCCUCAAGAUGCUGCAUCCAAUACCCAGUAAGCGCAUCACUAUACGUGACGUAAUGAGGUCGGCGUGUAUCCGGAAUAUCAACUGUUGCUGUCCCGAGACAUACGAUGAGCCCAAAGUUGUCUUCGACGCUGCGAAAGCGAACCAGACCGUGAAAUUCGCGCCAACGAAGAAGUUCUUGCAUCAUCAUAUACCACCAAAGCAAGAAAACAGGGUAGGAAAGGCCAUGAAACCAUUCUAA